CCUCGCGGGCGAGCGGUGACGCACGCGCGAGAGUUGUUCGUCGCAUACCUACGUUACUGCUGUCACAGAAUUGAUAUUAAUCUGAUAACAAUGUUUAAACAAAAAAGAGCAAAGAAAUAUUGUGCAGUGUUUAAUUGUCUCAACACGGAUUGCGAACCAAAUUUAACUUUAUUUAAGCUCCCUAAUGACGAUGAGAGGUGCCGGACGUGGUUGAAAUUAAUCGAUAGAGAAGAUUUAUUAAAAAAGGAAAAUUUAAACAAGGCAAGCUAUUACGUUUGUAGUGAACAUUUCAAUGAUUCUUCAUUCAAAAUAAUAAGACAACUUAAGGAUAAUGCUCUUCCAUCGAUUUCCUUACAUAAUCAACCACAAGAAGGUUCAUCUUGCUCCCAGCAACCACCUACAUCCUCAGAAGUCAAAAGUAAACAAUAUGCAACUGUUGGAACCCAAACGGAAUCAAAUUUGCUAUCGUCGAAAGAGCAAACAGAAACGCCUCAUUCACUUACCGAACAAACGCCAAGAAAACGAAAACUUUCAAACUAAUUACAAGACUGUAAGUUUAAAGCCGAAGGUUGGAUUGGAAGGUUGGAUCAACUUACAAAAAUUAUCUAUUCUUCAAAUGUAUUAAUGAACACAAGUGUCCUGUCCUGACAUCAUCAAAGUUUUAGAAACCGUUCCAGACGUUGGUGAAACAAAUGUAUUUACAAGAAACGAGUACAAUGCUUUUAGUAAAAAAAACUGGGUUCUAUGGAAAGUAUAAAAUGCCACCUAAAGAGUUUAUACAAUAUGUUUCAAAAUUUAGAAACCACUUUUUAAAAAAACUUUGACAGUUUGAUUCAAAAUUAAUCCAGGUAAUGAACUUCUAAAACUGUUUAAUACUGUACCUCAACAAACUCAAUGUACUUGUUUCUCUGUAAAUACUUAAAAUGUUUUAAAAUUGUUUUCUAUAUUUCGGAUAUUUGAUACAAUAAAGUUCAAAAAUAACAUCAAUAAUAAUGAAAAUAAAUACCCAAAACAUAAUUU